AUGGACUCCCUCAAGCGCGUCUGGAGCGACGUGACGUCUGGCUUGCUCUCUCGCCGUGAAGAACGGUCGCCGGAACGUUCCGACGAGCUUCUCCCCUCCGCCGAGUCUGCCCUCAGGCUUGCCAGGACUGCAAGAGGUGGGUCGGGCGGGGCGGCGGGGCGGGGGUGGUGGUUCCCGGGCCAACGCGCAAGGCGAAGGAGAAAUCUCGCUAGGGCGGCGGAGCGCGCCGCGGCAAAAAGGACUGAGGCGGGCGGCGGCGGGGCAGCAGCAGCAGCAGCGAGCGCGCUCCCGAACGGGCUCGCGAACCAGGGCAACACGUGCUACCUUAACUCGUUGCUGCAGGCCUUGUACCACGCCCCGGGCCUGCGGGAGGCUGUUUUUGAGGCCUUGACUGGUGGGGGGGACAGCGAGACGGUGUUGGCGUUGGGGACGGUGUUCCGACAGCUGGAGCAGGGAGGGAGGCCUGCUUCCACGCUCCCGGUGACUCGCGCGAUGGGGGUGGAUCCAACGGUGCAGCAAGACGCGCAAGAAUUCGGACGGUUUUUGUUCAUGGCUCUUGAGGGCGAGAGCGAUAUCCAAGGGUCAUCACCAGACACGGCAGCAGGGGAGGCGGGGGGCGACAAAGAAGUGGGGGGGCUUUCGGCCGCCAUCAAGGAUCUUUUCGCGGGACGAUUGAUGAGCUACGUCGAGUGUGUGGAUGUGGCGUUCACGAAGGAAAAGGAGGAGGCGUUUUACGACCUGCCCAUGGACAUCAAAGGAAGCGGGACGCUCCAGAAAUCGCUCGACAGGUUCAUCGAGGCGGAACUUUUGUCCGGAGACAACCGCCUUAGAGCUGGCGAGCAUGGCUUGCAGGACGCGAGGAAAGGGAUCCGUUUCCUACAACUCCCGCCGGUAUUGCAGUUUCACCUGAAACGGUUCGAGUACGACCCGUACCAAGGCGACCUGGUCAAGAUACACGACCGAUUCGAGUUCCCGACGGAGCUUGACAUGUCGCCAUGGGUGACACCACCGCCGCUGUCACCGAAGGAUGGCAGCAAUAGCCAUAGCGAUAGCCACACCGAUGCCGAAGACAAGGCGGACAAGUACAAGCUGUCGGCCGUGGUGAUGCACGUGGGAGGCCCCGCAGCCGGCCACUACUACGCGUACGUGCGCUACAGGGAGCCCCCAUCCCCGCACCAACCGUCGGAAGAUAAUGCAGGUGGGAGCGGCUCCGGUGUACCGGAAGCAGCAGCAACAGCGGGGGUCGUUGCUGACAAGCGGGGGGCACCGCCAUCGACGACAUGGGUUAAGCUUGACGACCAUCGCGUGACCAAGGUGUUUGAGGGGGAGGUGUUGCGAGAUGCUUUGGGGGGAGGGGGGGGGGUGUACAGGGGGCCCGGGGCUGAGCUCCAAGGAUUUUUCGGUCAGGUGGCAGGAUCUGGGGGGGGAGGAACAGCGUCGGCCUACAUGCUACAGUACGUCAGGGAAGAGAGGGUUGGCCGCGAAGCGACCGAGAUGGCUUCCGCAUUGGAGGGAAGAAUACAUGAAGACCAGGCGAGCGAGUGCCCUGAACCGUGA